GAGGAUCUGCUGCUCAGUUUAAAAACAAGCACAAACCAACCGGCGCAGAUAAUUCAGUUACUCUCAGCUCUCACUGAGCUGUUUACACUAGUACUGGGCUCAUACUGGAGUUAUACUGGACUAAUACUGGUAGCGUUACUGGGUGUUAUAUACUGGGGAGCUGGUCAGUAUGCUCUGGGGGGAGAAGGAGUGGAGGGGGCUGCAGCUCUUGGUGCUGGGGGUCUGUAACAGUUCCUGGUCCUGAAGUUUCGUUCAUUCAGAAGAACAGCAGAGAUGUUGAGACGUAGCUCCAGAUUAAAGUCAAAGUACCCCAGUCCUGAUGAGGACUCCACCAUCACCAGCUCUACCGGAUCUCCAACACAGAUCUCGUACAGGGAGAGUCCUGUCCGGAUCUUCAAGAAGAAGAGCAGAACCCACAGGCUGACUAAUGACAUGGGGUUGGAAUCGGCCGUGCACAGCUCUAGCCAAAAGACGAAGGUUACAAUGUCCCCUCCAAGCAGCACAGUGACCCCUAUAAUCCCCAGCCCCUCCAGUCUCAUGGAGAAGCAGAAGCUCUUUUUGAAAAUCUCUUUAGAGGAGGGUUACAACAACACGAGACGUCCGAACGCCAGAUCCAGAAGUGGACUAUUAAAGUUGUAUUGGUGGCUUGGACCAGCCUGGUACAGUCUGAUUGCUGGUAUAUCUUGGAUCAAUGUUUCUCUGCUCAGCAGCACUGUGGUCAUGAGGAAGACUAUACUUCUCAUCAUCCUGCUACUUCUGCUGGUUUUCGGUUUAUUCUACAGGUAUCCUUAUUUCACUGAUCCGGAUUUGUUCACUGACACGCAGGCCUCCAUUCAACUUCCUCUGAAUGACAAUGCAUCCUCUGCCACUCUGCUGGCUUUAAAGGAAGAAAUAAAUGCUGAUCUUUACAGGAAUCAAGCCAGGUGGACUGAGAGCAUGGAGAACUUAAUGAUAGAGAUCAGGAUGCUGAAAGAAGAAGGGCAGAAGCAGAAAAUCACACAUGAGAUGCUGGAAUUGGAUAUGAAGGCAUUGAGAGUGAGACUGGGAUCUGUUCACUCUGAGCAUAAAGUUAUGGUUAAAGAGCUGAGUGGAAUCCACCAUCAGCUAUCUGACCUGAGAUCAGAGGUGUCUCUCCUCCACUCAUCCUCUGAACAAUUCAGUCACAGACUGGACACCCAGGAAACUCAGAAUCUCAGGCUGAAGAAGGAGCUCUCUGAUUGGCUGCUCCAGCAUGUGACAUGGUUAGACAGCUCUGGACAGGAUGUAGUGAUGCAGCCUGAGCUGCAGAUGGCCCUAGAAACCCUGGAGAAGAAUAUCAUGGACAAACUGGACAAAGACAGAGAGAAGGAUGUGGGGAGUACUGUGGGAGAGACACUGCAAGAGGAGGAAGUCAGAGCACUUACUAUAAAGGAUGUAAAACAGAUUGUCCACAGAGCUCUGAGUGUGUUCAGGGCUGAUGGAACUGGUAUGGCCGACUAUGCGCUGGAAUCUUCAGGUGCCUGUGUGAUCAACAGCCGUUGCUCGGAGUCGUAUCACGGCCAGAUUGCCUGUUUCAGUAUAUUUGGAAUACCUCUGUUUUACUACACUAAUAGCCCUCGCACUGUUAUACAGCCUGAGCUGUAUCCCGGCAAGUGUUGGGCUUUCCGUGGUUCUGAGGGGUUCCUGACAAUCUCUCUGUCUUCCCCGGUGAAAAUAACCCACGUUACCCUGGAGCACCUGCCUAGAGUCCUCUCACCAACAGGGCACAUCAACAGCGCUCCGAAGGACUUCGCUGUUUACGGAAUGACUGAUGAGAACGAGGGAGGAAAACUUCUUGGAAGGUUCACUUACGACCAAGAGGGAGAACCUAUCCAGACCUUCAAGAUUCCUGUCUCUGCAAACGAGGUGUAUUGGCUGGUGGAGUUACGGAUCCUCAGUAACUGGGGGAACCCGGAGUACACAUGUAUUUACCGGUUCAGGGUUCACGGCCAGCCCUGGACAAGCUGAGUGAAACAGAAUGAAGAAGGGUUUGCACUUUGAAGAACAGUCUCUGACACAUUUUGUAAUACAAAUGAAAAGUAUUUAUUAUUUAAGGAAACUGUGACGUAGUUAAAUAUUCUGUAUAAAUGACUGACAAAGAUUUUAACACUUAGAGUACAUUGGAUACUGGAUCAAACGUAUCCAGAAUCUUUUAACCAUUUUAAUGUCAUGUUACCCAAAAUGAUUGUCCAAUGCUUUGUAGAUUGUACUGCAUACUGAUCAGUAAACAUCUCAGGUUCAUUCUCAGGUUA